UUGUCCAGUCAUGUGAUCCUCUCUCUUGCAAAAGGGAAAACUAACUUUCUUAAUCCCUGCAGCCUCGUGGCCCCACACAAACAACAAAAUGAAGUUUCAAAACCUUUUUGGGUCCUUAAAAUCCGUCGUUAUUGGGAUGAUUCAUGUCAAAGCUUUGCCGGGUACUCCUCUGGGUUGUUUAACUAUGUCGCAGAUCAUCAAAGAAGCGUGCCAUGAGGCAGAGGUCUAUCUCGAUGCAGGCAUUGACGCUUUGAUCAUUGAAAACAUGCACGAUGUCCCCUACUCGUUCAACGUGGGCCCGGAAGUGUGCGCCUGUAUGACUGCAAUCUGCUCGGCUGUCAGAGGUGUCUGCCCCACCCUCCCCCUUGGAGUUCAGAUCCUGUCUUCUGCUAACCAGCAAGCACUAGCGGUGGCUUUGGCUUCAGGUCUGGACUUCAUCAGGGCAGAAGGGUUUGUCUUUUCUCAUGUGGCCGAUGAGGGUCUUCUGAAUGCCUGCGCUGGGGACCUUCUGAGAUAUCGCAAGCAGAUUGGAGCUGAUGACGUGCAGAUCUUUACAGACAUCAAAAAGAAGCACAGCUCCCAUGCUCUGACAUCUGAUGUGACUAUAAAGGACACAGCCCGAGCUGCGGAGUAUUUCCUCUCAGAUGGAGUCAUCAUCACUGGGGCAGCGACAGGAGAUCAGGCUGACCCUCGUGAGCUCAGAGAGGUCUCUCAGUCUGUGAAAAUCCCGGUCCUCGUCGGUUCUGGAGUGACACAUGACAACGUCGAAAGCUUCCUCGACGCCAGCGGAAUGAUCAUCGGUUCUCAUUUUAAGCACGGUGGCCACUGGGCCAAUGCGAUUGAUCCGGAGAAAGUCAAGAGGUUCAUGGCAAAAAUACAUCACCUUCGAAUGCACCAGAGAUAGUUUUCUGUUGUCACCAACUCAUCCUAAACUUUCUCAGACUGUCGCCUGUGGUGGUUUGAGAUAAAGGCAGGGUGGAUUGCUUCCUGUUUGUUUCUAUCUUAGUCUAAUCUGACCAGAGCACCUUCUUCCACAUGUUUGUUGUGCACAUAGAAAAUCCAACCUGUAUGACAACAACUGCUCUCUCAUUAAAAGACUGCCAGUCAAAAAGUA